AUGUUGAGAGCAUCUUUUAAACAAUUUGCCCAUCGUGGCUAUUCUACCGCUGCCAAAUCUUUGAAAAUUGGUCUAAUUCCAGGUGAUGGAAUUGGAAGAGAGGUUAUUCCUGCGGGAAAGUUGGUUUUAGAUACUUUGGGUCCCAAACACGGGCUUAAAUUCGACUUUAUUGACCUCGAAGCGGGUUGGAAAACGUUCCAGGAAACUGGUAAAGCUUUGCCCGAUGAAACUGUGGACAUUUUGAAAAACGACUGCCAAGGUGCGCUUUUUGGUGCUGUUCAAUCGCCUACGACCAAAGUCGAAGGUUAUUCUUCGCCCAUUGUUGCCCUGCGUAAGAAAUUGGGUCUUUAUGCCAAUGUGCGUCCAGUCAAAUCCGUUGAGGGCGCUGACGAUAGACACGUCGACAUGGUUAUCGUGAGAGAAAACACUGAGGAUCUUUAUAUCAAGACGGAAAGAACCUAUAUCGAUGAAAAGACCGGAACCAGAGUCGCAGAAGCAAUCAAGCGUAUCUCCGAGACUGCAACUAGAAACAUCGCUACUAUUGCUUUAGAUAUUGCUCUACAGAGAAAGCAGGUUUACGGUAAAGCCACCCUUACGGUGACUCACAAGUCGAACGUGUUGUCGCAAAGUGACGGGCUCUUUAGAGAGAUUUGCAAGCAAGUCUAUGAUUCCAACCAAGAGAAAUACGGAUCCAUUGGCUACAAUGAGCAAAUUGUGGACUCAAUGGUGUACCGUAUGUUUAGAGAACCAGAAUGUUUUGACGUUGUAGUGGCACCAAACCUGUACGGUGACAUUUUGUCCGAUGGUGCUGCUGCUUUGGUUGGUUCUUUGGGUGUAGUGCCUAGUGCCAACGUAGGGUUUGAUUUUGUCAUUGGUGAACCGUGCCAUGGCUCCGCGCCCGAUAUUGCUGGGAAGGGUAUUUCAAACCCAAUUGCCACGAUUAGAUCCACCGCGCUAAUGCUUGAAUUUAUGGGACAUGCGAAAGCAGCACAAGAUAUUCACAAAGCGGUCGACGCCAAUUUGCGCGAGGCUCAAAUAAAGACCCCAGACUUAGGAGGAAAGUCUUCCACUAAGCAAGUCACCGAGGACAUUUUGUCUAGAUUAUAA